AUGCUUUUCGGCAAAUUCCUUUUCGUUCUAUUCUACCUGGCCAUGGCCGCCGAGGCAGGCCCGAAAAAAAAGAAGAAGUUCCAGCCGCUCGAUCUCAACGCGCCCGAGCCCGCCGGCGAGCCAUCAACCCCUCAACCACAAGCACCACCAGCCCGCCCUGGGCAAGGUGGCGGCUCCUGGGCUCAAUUUGCGGCCAAUGCAGCUCCUAAAGCCGACGCGGCCAACGCAGCCAAAGCUGAAGCCGAGAAGAAGGCGAAGGAGGAUGCCGCCGCCGCAGCUGAAGCAAGGAUCCAUCCGAAUAUCCCCAAAAACGGCAUGACUCUUUCAGAUGGGAGUCAGGUAUCGAGAAAGCACGUCCAAGACACGUACGAUCAUGCCAAAUCGCACAUGAAUAAUCCGAUUGAACACCCUGGUCAUCCUGGUGAUCAGAACAAGGCAUAUCCACACACUGUAUCCGAGGAAAUGGGACAAGAUCUGGGAGCGCCUGCAAAUGCGCAAACGGCUAGGGCAUGGACCCAGGACGAGAUCGAAUCGGCUUCAGCCCAACAGAAAUAUACGGCGGAGGUUCACAUCCUCCAGGAGACAACUCCAUAA